CUCCCUCAAAAUAUUAAUGACCAACCUCGUGGAGCCAAGCCAGGAUAGGCCUAUUUAAUGUGCCAUUCCAUCAUGUUCGUUUGCUUCCACCACCACCGAGCCUCGAAGUUUGUUUGCUACAACAUUCUCCCAAGGUUUGUUUGCUUCAACCUUCACCGAACCUAAAGCCAAUCGGAUUAAUUCAAUAUUCCGAUAUCUUUAUUCAUCUCAGCACUUACUCUCGUUCAUAACUCCACACUUAACUUUUUGAGUCUUCCCUCUUUCCUACGUUAGACCGGUGAUUUGGUUUCUUAACCUUAUCAACCAUGAAGGAAUACCCGGUUUCUCGCAAGCCCCGCAUGGGAAAGAAAUCCAAAGGCCCGGUUGGUACUGGGAUUUCUACCCAUAAAAGAUCUCCCUCCAUACCACCCUUACAAUGGGGGUCUCGGAUGUCGAUGAGCCCAAAUACGAGGUUGCCGUGAGGUUUGACGACCUACAAGGGGAUCUAUAUAGUCCUUUCUAUUCCGUCAAGAGAUUUGAAGAUCUUGGACUGCAAGAUCUUCUUGAGGGCAUUUAUUUCAUGAACUUUAAGAAGCCAAAUAUGAUUGGUCAAUCACAAUCUGGGACUGGGGAAACCGCGGCCUUAGUUUUGACAAUGUUGACUCGUAUUGACAUGUCCGUGAGCAAUGUCGAAGCUCUAUGUUUGGCUCCAACUCGGGAACUGGCCAAACGGAUCCAAAGAGUUGUUCAAACCAUGGGUCAAUUCACCAACGUCAAAGCCCAGUUCGCUAUCCCGAAUUUGGUCAAACGUGGUGAGAAGAUUGAUGCACAUAUUGUCGUCGGAACACCUAGCACGGUUCUAGACUUGAUUCAGCGAAAGCAAUUAGCUGUAGAACUUCUUAAGGUUUUUAUGCUCGACGAAGUGGAUAAUAUGCUUGAUCUUCAAGGACUAGGCGAACAGUGUCUCCGUGUGAAAAGAAAUAUACCCUCCACCACCCAGAUCGCCCUAUUCUCCGCAACCUGUUCCGAUCGGGUUUUUAAAUACAUGUACCGAUUCGCCCCCAAUGCGAAUCGGAUUACCUCAAAGAACACACAGCCUUCCCUGGCCGGGAUUAAGCAACUCUGUAUGUACUGUCGGAGCGAAGAGGACAAAUAUAGGGUGUUGCUGGAUCUCUAUCAUGUUUUGACAGUUGGGUCGUCAAUUAUUUUUUCCAAGAAGCGCGAAACGGCCUCUGAGAUUCAGAGGCGAAUGGAACUGGAUGGGCACAAAGUUGCCACACUCCACAGCGCACAAGAAGGGCCAGACCACGACAAGGCGGUCCAUGCUUUCCGUUCCGGGAAAGCCAAAGUCCUCAUUACCACCGAUGCUUUCGCCCGCGGAAUCGAUUUGGAAACGGUCUCGAUGGUGGUCAAUUACGACCUACCUCUUGACCAGAACCGCCGGCCCGACCCAGUCGCCUAUCUUCACCGCGUUGCACGAACCGGAAUAUUCGGACGCCCGGGUUUGUCGGUUAACUUUGUCCAUGACCAUGAAAGCUUGUACCAAGUAAACGAGAUAUCUACUCACUUUGGUACUUGCAUGACAAGAAUAUUUUGA